AUGCUUACGCCGGCCACCUGCGCGCAGUUGGCCAAGUCGGAAAGAGCUCUGAGGCUGGUUGGAAGGCUGAAAUAUGUGGCUUAUGCAGGUGGGCCACUUCCAGACGACGUCGGAAAUACCCUAACAAGACACACCCGACUCGUUGCCCGCUAUGGUCACACGGAGAUUAUGUCGCCGUUGGCAUAUGCGACAGAAUGGGAAGACUGGCAAUAUUACCACUUCAGCUCUGAGUAUGCGAACUUUCGAUGGGACGACAUGGGCGACGGUAAAUAUGAGGCCGUCAUGCUCCGCAAUGCGAAGCUUCUGUCGAGAUAUUAUCAACCGGUCUUCUGGAUCUUUCCUGGCUUAGAGGGAUGA